AUGGCGCCGGAUCCACAUCCACAGCCACGGCGCCGGCACCCAUGGAGUGACCGUGUGCUUCUUCUCCAUGGACAUGGAGCUCCCACAACACACCAUGGAAGGCCUGGAGCUCCUUCUCACAGUGCACCGCGUACAGGAGGGAAGACCAACGCUCCUCCGGGUCUGCUUCUUCCCGGGUCGCCGUUGCUCCACGGAAGGCGGAAAGUCAUAGAAGAUGGUUCAUUAGCUUCAAACAGAUCAGUGGUUACUGAAUCAGUCUCAAAAUCUUGUUCCUCCGCAGAAGUGAAAGAUGAAGAUGCUGCAAUUGCAGUUGUGAUUGAUGCAGCUGAACUUAAAUGGGGAGAGCAGUCAUUUAGGAGAGGACAAGCUCCUGGAAGGUUUACAUCAGGACGCCAUAAUGGCCAUGGAUCAUCAGAAAGGGAGGCACCUCCACCCGGCUAUGUGUGCCGCAGCUGCGGAGUUCCAGGCCAUUUCAUUCAACAUUGCCCACAGGAAAACCAGAUGCCUCCACCUGGCUAUACCUGCUACAGAUGCCGGGUUCCAGGGCAUUUUAUUCAGCAUUGCCCAACCAUUGGCGGUUCCAAGGCAGUUUAUAUUUACUGUGAUACUCUGAACAUGAGGACCAUGUGGACUAAACUUGCAUGUGGGUGCACCAAGGAGAAGGUCCCACUUAUCAAGGGAUAA